GCAGAACCCAGCCAACUUCCACAAGCACUACGGGAAAAGUCGCGAAAACACAUCUGCCCCCCUUCCACCUCCACACAUACACACACACACACACACACACACACAAACACACCGUGUUGUCGUCGCCUGCGUGGGAUAACGCCGUCGCGGUGAAUGCCAGCAGGGCCGCGGUGCCCCGGACCUCUGCGGGAAGUUGUUACCGCCCAGCGGCCGCUGUUGAGGGCGUGAGCGAGCGUUGCAUUGCCGGGACGGUGCUCCGCGAUGGAGGACAUGCACUAGCCGGAAUUUGGGAAAUUGUUUUUUUUUUUUCUCGUUUUUUUUUUUCUUGGAUUACUUCCCGUUAAAACAGUUGGUUUUCCGUGGAGAUUAUCUUAUCUUUUUCCCUUUUCUUGGAAGUGCGGAGUUUUUUUGUUGUUGUUGAAAAUGCCCGCAAAAAGCAAGUACAACCUCGUUGAUGAUGGGCACGAUUUGCGGAUCCCGUUGCACAACGAGGAAGCCUUCCAGCACGGGAUCAACUUCGAGGCGAAGUACAUCGGGAGUCUGGAUGUCACGCGGCCGAGCAGCCGAGUGGAGAUCGUGGCUGCGAUGAGAAGAAUUCGGUACGAGUUCAAGGUGAAAAACAUCAAGAAGAAGAAAGUCAACAUCGUGGUGUCCGUCGACGGCGUAAGAGUCGCCUUGAGGAAAAAGAAAAAAAAGAAGGAGUGGACGUGGGACGAGAGCAAGAUGAUGGUGAUGCAGGAUCCCAUUUACAGAAUAUUCUAUGUGUCUCAUGAUUCACAAGAUCUGAAGAUAUUCAGCUACAUCGCCAGAGACGGACAAAGCAACGUCUUCCGCUGCAAUGUCUUCAAGUCCAAGAAGAAGAGCCAGGCCAUGCGUAUUGUUCGGACAGUCGGCCAGGCCUUCGAGGUGUGUCACAAACUGAGUCUGCAGCACACACAGCAGAACGCAGACGGCCAGGAGGACAGCGAAAAGAACGACUCCACAGGCGUGCGUGCUCAUCCGCCUGUAUGUGUGUGCACCUUCCUCGGCUCAGCUCGAGAGCUGAGUGGCGCGGAGAAGACGCCGACCGUCUCCGAGGAGACGGAUAUCGACGCGGAGGACGCGAGCCACGAGUCUGCGGCGGAGAUGAACCCGGACAGAGGCGUGACGGAUCUGGACGCCACGGCCAAGCCCCCCGACCCCAACCACGAGGAGAGCAAGGCUUCAGAGGAGGCCUCUCUGCUGAUUGCCAGCCCCAGGAUGCUGCUGCCUCCAUCAGGCACGCUAGCACCAGGCGCCCCCCUGUCUGUGCACCACCAGAUCCAGCUGCUCCAACAGCAGCUCCAGCAGCAGCAGCAGCAGACACACGUGGCUGUGGCACAGGUUCACCUGUUGAAGGACCAGCUGAGUGCGGAGGCCACGGCGCGGCUGGAGGCCCAGGCCCGAGUCCACCAGCUGCUGCUGCAGAACAAGGACCUGCUGCAGCACAUCUCGCUGCUAGUCAAACAGAUUCAGGAGCUGGAGCUCAAGAUGUCUGGAGGAAACUCCAUGGGAUCUCAGGACAGUCUGCUGGAGAUCACCUUCCGAUCUACCGUUCCUCCAGUCAUCUGCGACCCCACGACGCCCAAACCGGACGCGUCCGCCCCCCACCUGCCCGCGCUGGGCUCCGCCGACGGGACCGGGAGCGCCUUCUCGUCUUCCAAUGGGAGCCUGGGAAGCCCCCUAGGUAGGGACAAGUGUCUCCUCAAACUGGAGUGUUUCCGUUUCCUCCCGGGGCCGCCGCGUCCUCCGCUCGCCUCCCCUCCCCCGCCGCACGUGGCCGACCGGCCCGAGAGCGAGGGCCAGGAGGGGCCCGAGGCGCCGGGGGGGCUGUCGUGGCCUGUCGACGGCAAAUCGCUGAGCUGCCUGGACUUUGCCGCGAGGUUCCGCGAGUCGGGCAUCGCCUCGGAGUACGAGUCCAACACGGACGACAGCGACGACAAUGAGGAGGAGGGGGAGGAGGAGGAGGAGGAGGAGGGGGAGGGGGAUGAGGGGAUGGAGAUCUUUGGCUGGGGGAGGGACGAGGAGACACUGAGGCUGCUUAACGUUCUCAACAGACAGGAAACUCCCGACUGCCUGGGAGAUGAAAUAGCGGUGUAACGCACCAACCUGCUCCCCUCGAGAAUCAACAGCCCGCAUGUGUUCAUUCACACAAAGUAGCCUGUAGGA